AUGUCUUCCAUCCCACGAUCUCUAUCUCACCUAUUGCGCAAACAGACACCAGCAACAGCAGCGCGGGUCUCCAGAACCGCAACUGCCCCAAUCCGCACUGCGCAAACCCAAGCCACCCCUUCAGCGCUCAAGAGCACACCACUGCCAUUCCAACACCAACACCAGCAUGCCCACCAACAGCCCCCAUCCACAUCCACACCCAAUUCCAAAAUCCACGACACCAACGACGACACAAUCGCCAACCACCCAAUCCUGCACACCCUGCGCCAGGACCGCAGCCUCAAAGAAUCCCGCCCCCACCUCUCAAUGCCACCUACCCUGCGCCCAUCGCACUUCGUCGCAGGCACGAUAGCCGGCGAGGGAAAGCUCACCAGCGCACCUUAUAUGUUCCUGUCUCGACACUCGAGGCGUGACCAAGAGGCCGAUGGGGAGCCGCCCCGGAGCCACGGUGUGACGGUCUUCCACACAGGCACGCAUAUGUGCGGACAUCCGGGGUACGUGCACGGCGGGUUCCUAUCCGUGAUGUUUGACGAGGUAUUUGCGCACACUGUUGCGCAGUCGUUUCGGAGUGGGACAGGGAUGACGGCGAAUCUGAACGUGGAUUUCCGGAAGCCAGCGCUGCCGGGGCGUGUGUAUGUGCUGCGAGCUGAGACGGUCAAGGUGGAGGGAAGGAAAGCGUGGGCUGAAGGGACGAUGAUGAUGAUGCCGUCAGGUUCGGGGGGUGAGGAGGAGGCUGUGCUUGUUGCGGAGGCUAGGGCGUUGUUUAUUGAGCCGAAGUUUGCUGAGUCGAUGGUGCCGGUAUAUCGGAACUAG